UUACUGAAUAACAAUAUUUACUGUUAAUAGUGGUAAUCGUAUUUAUAUUAAUAUAUGGUUAACAAUUACGGAGUAAUUAUAAUUUAACAUUUAUACUAAAAAAAAGAAUAAGAAAUUUGAAACUUUAUGAACUGAACUUUAUCGACUGGGCAAAUGACAUCACAGAUGACGAAUUCGUCAUAUGUUUUUCCCUCAUUAAAAAAAAGUCUGUCAAACUUCUCCCAGCGUGCAAUUCCAAAACAAAAAUCGCAAAAAUCUUUUUUUAAUAUUCCAUAGUUUCUAUUUCUAACAAUAAUUAUAAUAGUGAGUUUAAUCAAUAAUAUUUAGUUUGAGUUAUUGACUUGUGACAACAACACAUAUUCCAGAAGACUGACGUGGUGCAACUGCAAAUUUCUAAUUAUCUGGAAGCCAAUUUAUUGGCUAUAAUGCUCUCUAAAGUAUUUUAAAGCAUUAUUCACGAUCAUAACAAAAUAUUAUUCUCGUAAUUUUAAAAUUCAACGAAUUAAAAUUAAGUCUUAUCAUCACAGUGAAAUUUUUAUAAUAAAGUUGCAAGAGAAAUUUAACCUCUAAUUUCACUGGAACUUCUAGUGGGUCAAAGAUUUUCAGCAGUAAAAGAAACAUUCAAGAAUUGUGUCACUGGAUUAAAUUGAGAAAGAAAGUUAUAAAUUUCAUUAAGAUUUUUCUAGAAUAUUUAAAAUUUCUUCAGUCAUAUGGCCAGGAUGAACAAAAAGCCUAACAGUGCGACUGCUAGGUUAAAGCAAGAUUACAUGAGACUCAAAAACGACCCAGUUCCUUACGUUUUGGCCGAGCCAGUACCAUCUAAUAUUUUAGAAUGGCAUUAUGUAGUGAAAGGACCAGAAAAUACGCCAUAUGAGGGUGGAUUUUAUCAUGGGAAGCUUAUAUUUCCAGGAGAAUUUCCAUUUCAACCACCUAGUAUUUACAUGACCACUCCAAAUGGAAGAUUCAAAGUAAACACAAAACUUUGUCUAUCGAUAUCAGACUUUCAUCCGGACACGUGGAAUCCUGCUUGGAGUGUAUCCACAAUUCUCACUGGUUUAUUAAGUUUCAUGAUUGAAAACAGUCCAACGUUGGGGAGUAUAACCACAACAGACUAUGAAAAAAAACAUCUGGCUGCCCAAAGUUUAGAAUAUAACUUGAAAGAUAAAUUAUUUUGUGAAUUAUUUCCCGAAACUGUUUCAGACAUUAAGAAGGAGCUUGAACGUCGGAAAGAAUUGGAAAAACAAGCGAGGCAUCAAUUGACAUCCUCUGAGGUAUCGUCAUUGAUCAGAGAUCAAUUUCAAAUCGAUCAAAGUCCAUUGCACAGUGCCAUCACGAAUCUCGUCGUUGUUAUUGGAUUUGCAGCGUUCGCCUAUGCGGUUAAGUAUGUUUUAAGGAAUAUUGCACUGGAAUAGAAAGACACUUUAUCAAUUUAUGACUGGUAGGUUACUAUACAUAUAUAAAAAUAUAUAUUUUCAAGCGUAAGACGCUAGUGAUCGACACAUUCACGGAAGACUAAAAAAAAAAAAAAAAACAAGAAACUUUUCAAUUAAAAUAUUUCUCAAGACUUCCGCAAUAUUGAUUGACUGUCCAGCGAGAAACAUAUUUUAGAGUCUUGCGUAUCGAGAAGUUAACAUUUUUUAGCAUAAUAGUGAUUUUUUUUCUAUGCGGGAAAAAUAGAAUUAGAAAACACGACUUUUUCUGAUUCUUACCGGUAAAUAUUGUGCUCUAAGAAUAAGUCAAUUUUCUCGUUCACUCUUCAUUUUUGUUCUCCAAUUGAUACACGAUAUACACAAAAAAAAAAGAAUAAGUCUGCUUUUUUCUAUUUAAAAUUGAAUUCUUCGAGAUUUAUAGCAAAUCACAUUUUUAUUCUCAGAGUUUUGAGCUUCCACCAUAUUUUUUUUCCUCUGUUUUUCAAUACUAAUUGAAAUUUGAGUGACUAAUAUUAUAUUCUUCCUUUAAAUGAGCUUCUCUAUAAUUCCUAAAUAUAUACAAUUUUCAAAGCUCAGGUUUACAAAUAGUUAAUAUAUAAAUAAUUCUUACUUUCUCCAGCUUUUUUCCUUCAGUUUUUUUUUUAUUUAAAAAAAAAAGAAAAAUAUUUUCAAUUUUCACUAUUUUUACACGCACAUUUUUUGCGAAACUUGGUUUCUAAGGUAGAUUCGGUUUCAUAAAAGUGCCAAUAAACAUUAAAACUACAGAGAAAAAAAGAAAAAACAAUUUCGAAUUCGCGUAAAGAGAGAGAGAGAGAAUGAGAUAACCACGGUGAUCAUAUAUUAUUCUAGUUAGAUAACAGAAGUGUAAAUAAACGAUAAAAACUAAUGUCCAUUAAGUUAAAUUAUACAUCAAGUGCAACGUCGAAUUAUUUUUAAAAUAAACAAUCUCGGUGCGUGAUCUUGUUGAUUUAAAAGAAACACAAAAACGAAAAUGUAUUAUAGUAGUAUUUUUUUUUUUAAUUUAAGAAUUUCUCCAUUUUUUUAGGCGCAAAUUUCGUUUGUCUGUUUGAAAUAAAAUUGUAAAUCUUAAAAAUUUUAAACGAAUUCUUAAAUUAAGAAUUUUGGGGUGAUAAAAAAGGUAAUUUAAUUUCGAGUAAAUAUUUUAUGUGAGUUUCACUUUUUUUUUAAAGAGAAAGAAUAUUUUUCCAUUUGUGUGAUUCUAGAGAAUAUUCUUUUUUCUAAUAUCCAGUAAUAGAAAAUAAUUAUUUACUCGAUUUGAAAUUCCUUUUUUCUCUUGCGAUAUUUUUUACGUCUGACUAAAAAAAAACAAAAAUCUUGUGAGCUUCUUCUACUCAUAAAUUAUUAGUUAAUUACAUAGAUUUAUAGAGAAUGACAAAAAAAGUUUUUUUUUAUUCUCGUUAAAUUAUUAUGAGCUUAUAUAAUAUGUUACCUGUUAAUAUUUUUUUCUUUUGCUUUUUUUCACACAUUUUUCCAAAGCAACGAUUUUUUUCAUAAAAGCAUAUAUCAGCUAAUUCUUUUCAUUUUGCAAUAAAAAGAAGCAAUUUUGGUAAAAGUUUUCUAUAAAUAUUAUCAUAUGUUAAGCAUUAUCUGUUUUUCAAAGCGUUUAUAUACAACAGGAAAAGAACAAAAAAAAGCAAAAAAAAAUAGUUAUUAAAUAAAAAUUUUUAAAUAAAUGUUUGUUUUUUAAAAUAUUGUAAUAAUUUUUUUCUUUUACUAAGUAGUAAUUUUCCAAAGAUAUUUUUUGAAUAUUCGGAAUCAAAAUAGAUUUUUAGACAUCGUAUAGAUUGUGUAACUAUAUGGGGAUGGGAAAAUGUUUUGUUUGGAGGGAAAAAUAAUUUUUUUUUGAAAAUUGCACGAUUAUAUAAAAUGCGCAUUAUGAAAAGAAAAGUUUUAAAUACGUUUUAAUUUACUGUCCGAAACAAAAAUUUGUAAAUAGAAGGUGUACGUUACAGUUAUGUAAAACUGGAAAAUACAUUUAUUUGCUUAGAA